UCGUUGGUCGCAUAUAUUAAAGCAUGAAAAUUCGAGAAUCUAACACGCGGGAAACAGUGGGGACUGGAGAUGCGCAAACAAGAUUCAAAUACGCAUUGUUGCUGACUUACCUUAAUGUUUUGUCAUGAUCUUUGGCCUUAGCACAGAACAAUAGCCUUAGCUUAGUGUCUUGUCCACCAGGGCACCAGCAAAUCAUAGAGAGAUAAAGAUAUACCGUGCACGUGUGUGGUACUGUGGUGUCGUGUCUAUCACUAUUCACUUUAUCGUCUACAAGAUAAUUUUUGUUUUUACUUUUUUAUUUUUAUGUACCUGCCUUUGUCAUUAUUCGGUCACUCGACACAUUCGUUCAUUUUGUUUCAUUCAGUCGCGACCAUCGCAACUCUACAUCAUGUCUAUGUCUACUCACAACAGGCCUCUGAGAAAAAUCCAGUCUACUAGGUUGGCGUCAGACAAUCGGGAGGUGCGCAAAGUGCCCGUACCUUCACAUAGGCUGACGCCACUCAAAGAACACUGGUUAAAGAUCUACACACCCGUCGUCGAUCAUCUCCGUUUAGAUAUAAGAUUCAACGUAAAAUCAAGAAAUGUUGAAAUCAGAAAUCCCGUUCCUGACGAUGAGGUCGGCUCGCAACACUUACAGAAGGCCGCAGACUUUGUCAAGGCGUUUGUCUAUGGUUUCGAAGUGGAAGACGCACUAGCAUUAAUAAGACUGGACAAUUUGUUUGUUGAAUCUUUUGAAGUGAAGGAUGUAAAAACUUUAAAAGGAGACCAUUUGUCCCGUGCAAUUGGACGAUUGGCUGGAAAAGGUGGACGAACAAAAUUUACCAUUGAAAAUGUAACAAAAACCAGAAUAGUAUUGGCAGACACAAAAAUUCAUAUAUUAGGAUCAUUUCAAAAUAUACAAGUAGCUAUGAGAGCUAUUUGUAAUCUUAUUCUCGGAUCACCACCUUCUAAAGUUUAUGGGCAGUUACAACAACUCUCUAAGAGUAAAGUUCUAUAAAGUUGUAUAUGUUAAUAUUAAAAUUAAAAACAUUUUUUUUAUAUAUUAAUAGAUAAUUACAAUCUAUGUAAGUUUGUG